AUAAUCAACGGAUUAACUUCCGUGUCCGUGAACUCAUCGUUGCUUCCGUGUCGCGUGAAGUUCCCCUCGCCGGACGGUCCACUGAACACAUGACGAUGCGUGCGAUUCCCGAGGAAUUCACGACGCUACUUUCAGACCUAGAAUAUUUUCUCUGUGAUGGAUUAAAAGGGGAACAUCUAAGCAAGAAGGCAAAAGAGAAGAAGGAUGCCUUCAUCAAGCGGAUUAAAGAGGUCAAGUUGGGUUUCCCACACGAUUUCAAGGACAAAAGUGGAGAUGACUCCGAUGAUGACGAGGAAGUGGACAGCAACAACGAUGGAGGGUCGCUGCAGUCGGAGCGCGCAGACAAGGAUGAAGAGGCGUUUGAAGGUGCUCAUCAGUCCCCACCUGUGGCGGCUCAGGACCUGACGUCUGUCUUUAAAGCGGGAUACCUUGAGAAGCGUAGAAAGGAUCACAGUUUUUUUGGCACAGAGUGGCAGAAGAGAUGGUGCGCUCUAAGUCAUCAUACCUUCUACUAUUAUGGCAACGAAAAAGCAGACAAGCAGCAGAAGGGGGAGUUCAGUAUCGAUGGGUACACUGUCAAAAUGAACAGCACCUUACGAAAAGACUCCAAGAGAGACUGCUGCUUUGAAAUAACGGCUCCAGACAAGCGAGUCUAUCAGUUCUGUGCGUCAUCGCUGAGAGAGGCGGAGGAAUGGGUGAAACAGAUAGACUUUGUCUUGAGAGAUAUGACGGGCAUCAUCCCAGAAGAUGAAGAGGAGGACCAGGAAGUGUACGACGAUGUUGGACCCAUAGAAGAUGUAGUUGAGUCUGAGCUGAUCGACGAAGACAUCUAUGAAGAGCUCCCAGAGGAGGACACGCCCACUCCAGCAAAGCCUCCUCCAAAGUUGGAGCCAGCCAGCAAACCUGCUUCUCCUGCUUCAGUUGAUAAAAGCACAGACUACCCCAACUUCUACCAGGGCCUAUGGGACUGUGCAGGGGACCACCCAGAUGAGUUGUCCUUCAAGCGUGGAGAUGCCAUCUACAUACUGAGCAAGGAGUACCAGGGCUUUGGCUGGUGGGUCGGAGAGAAGAAUGGAACGAUAGGAAUCGUCCCCAAAGACUUCCUGCUGGAGCUGUACGCGCUUUAGGUUCUCCUCAUGCAAGGUGCUCAGACCUCAUGACUGCAGAGAACACAGCUCUAACACUUGUAGGAUCAAAAUGUAAAUCUGUAGUUAAUCCACUUUACUUUAACUGGUACAUUGUCAUUUCCAGGAUUAUUCCCUCCCAUAUAAACUGUAGGAGACUGAUUGGAUGAAAAGGGUAUUUUUCUACAAUAUCUACAUGUUGCACCGCCCGUUUGUAUUUAUUUCCUAUCUAAGAUACUGUUUUUCCACACAAUUUCAUGCACUGCUUUUGGCAAAUUUGAUAUUUGCAAAUGGUGAGAUUAAUAAAGAUUAAACGCAUCUGUUGUUUCA